AUGGUGGCGACUCUAAAAAUUUUAAGCCGGUUGCUACACGAGGCGAACAAAUUCGAGCUUAAACCGUCAUUGUUGCAAGCCGUGCAACAAAAUCAAUUUUCUGGAAGCCCUACGGAUGAUCCGAAUCUCCAUUUAUUCAUGUUCGUGCAAUAUGCCAACACAGUGAAAGCCAAUGGCGUUAGUCCCGAAACUAUUAGAUUACGUCUUUUCCCAUUCUCUCUAAGAGAUAGAGCCAGAGCUUGGCUCCAAUCCUUACCUUCGAAUUCCAUAACUACAUGGGACGAACUGAAAAAGGUCUUCUUAGCAAGAUAUUUUCCAUCCAGUAAGACCGCGAUGCUGAGAGGUCAAAUCAACAAAUUUACUCAAAAAGACAAUGAAUCGCUUUUCGAAGCUUGGGAAAGAUACAAGGAUAUGCUGAGACUCUGCCCGCAUCAUGGACUUGAACCAUGGCUAAUCAUUCACACCUUCUAUGGUGGUCUCCUAUAUAACACCAAGUUAUCUCUAGACGCUGCCGCUGGUGGCGCAUUAAUGGACAAACCUUAUAAUGAAUCCUAUCAACUCAUUGAGAACAUGGCACAAAACCAUUAUCAAUGGGGAGGAGAACGAGCAUCUGUGGAGAAACCUCAAGCUAAAGGAGGGAUGUAUGAAGUCAGUGGCAUAGAUCACGUCAACGCCAAAGUAGACGCCCUGACUCAGAAAAUCGAAAAUUUAUCUAUGACUCCAUCAGCCAUCGUGGCUGCCAUAGCUCCAAACUGCGAGUUAUGCGGAGUACAAGGACAUAUCGUUUCUGAAUGUCAAUUGCUAGCUGGAAUUCCUCCUGAUCAAAUGAACUACGCGCAAGGAAAUCCUUAUUCUAACACCUACAACCCAGGAUGGAAGAAUCAUCCUAAUUUCUCUUAUAAGAAUAACAAUGCGUUAUACGCUCCACAAACACCUCCUGGUUUUCAAAAGCCAAAUCAAACUGCACCUCAGGUUGCACCUCAAGCACCCCGAAAGUCCAACCUUGAGAUAAUAAUGGAAAACUUUGUUGCUACUCAAACACAACAAAAUAAGGAAUUUAUGAACCAAAACAUACACACCUCUGAAUUAGUGAAACAAUUAGCAACCAAAGUAGAUGCCUUGGCCACACAUAACAAAAUGUUAGAAACCCAGAUUUCUCAAGUAGCCCAACAACAAGGAACAACUGCUGCUCCUGCUGGAGUUUUUCCUGGUCAACCACAACCUAACUCAAAAUCUUUUUAA